AAAUCUGCCUUCCAGUCGCCAAAUAGACGGACGCGAACGAACCAGAAAUUUUUUGAUUUUAGUGAAAAAUUGUAGCUUUUCAAAGUCACGUAAUUUACCAUAAUGAAAUCCAGGUCAGGAUUUAGUAGUGGGAGGGCAGGAGUCCAAUUGGGCGUGGUGCUGCUCGUAGUUAUUUUCUUGCCAAGCGGUACGUUCGGAAUUUUAGACUUUCUAGACCCGUUCCUUGAUAAAUCGGAGCCUCAGCACAAUGAGAUUGGGGGGAGUGGUUCUCUGGCUGGGUCGGGACAUAUCGGUGCUGGACUGGGAGACUCGAUCGGAUUCAACGCGGACGGAUCCAUCGCCGCCUCGAAGGGUCUCGGGGUUAAUUUCGACAAUGGGAAUGGCAGAUUCGACCACAAACAGGAUCCUCACUUUCAGGGAGAAUUUCAGGACCAGAGGCAGCACGAAUUAAUUCCAGUUCCCCACGGAAAAGUGUUACCCCCACCGCCACGCUACCAACAGCCAAUCCACCUCAACCCUACCAAGCCAUGCGACAAGAAUGGUCCCGUUCUUCGUCCCAUUGCGCAACACCCACCCCCACCAAACCAGCAGGACGGACCGUUCUUCAAGAACAGACAAUUCCGAGGCGUCAACAGUGGCAGUAAACAAAAAUUAGACGACUCGCCCUCCUCGAAGACCGGCCCUGUCGACGACUCUGACGUUGAAGGAGUCGACGUGGACAAGGAUGGCGACGUUGACGAUGAUGAUGAAGACUUCUUGAGACAAGCCAGAGCACUUCUGGACAAGGCAAUUUUUCAAAAGAAAAUGAAUAAUAGCACGGCCGGGAAGAACGGUACUCAACUAGACCAAGGCAAGGACGCCAUCAAAAGACCCGCCCGCAGUCACUUAUCCGACACUAAAAACAGCCCUCUCGCCGACCAAGCCAAGAACGCCUCCUCCCCUCACGAAGACCAAGACAAGAACGGGACACAAAGAUUCGUCCGCCAUCACCCGACCGAUGAUAAGAACAUGAACUCUACCGCCGGACAAGCCAAGAACGCCUCCUCCGCUCAAGAAGACCAAACGAAGAACGCGACCAAGAGAUCCGUCCCCGUCCUCGUCGUGGAACACGUCCAGUUCAUCCCUCUCGAUAAGCACCUUAACACCACCACCGAUUCCUCGUCCGAGGACGACUUAAAGAACAACCAACGCCGCUCCGACAAUAGUUUGUCGCCGCAAUUAAUCCCCCAAAAUUCGACACAACAAAAUUCCACAAAGAACGUUUCUUCUGGAGGAGACCGCGUCAUUUCGCCCAAAUUCGCCCACAUGUUUCACAACAUGUUUGCAGGAUAGGUCUUAAUAAUUUUAUUAGUCGAUAGUUUUUUACUAGUCUCAUUUUACCCGUCUCAACUUGCCUCGUCUCAUUGUUGCGUCGCUGUUUAAUUGCAAUAAUAAUAAUGUCUGUCAUAUUUGGUGGCGAUAAUUACAAUUACUCUCCGUCUUUUAUCAAUAUGAAAAACAAAUCAUUCAAAAAAGUAGUUAGCUAGUCAGUCAGUCAAUUUUUAAUCCAUGUGACAAAAUAUGUAGCAAAAUAAUGAAGAAAAUUUCACAAAUAAAUCUGAAUGAAGGAUACAUAAUUA